CGGUGAUGUUGGGCAGGGCGUUGCAGGGUUCAGACCCGGCGACGGUGUCUGGAAACGGUGACAGAUUUCCAAAUCGGGGCGAUGAGUGACUGGAAGGAGCAGGGAUUGAAGCAGAGUGGCUAUUCAAGAAGGGGGUGGGAAGAGCUUGCCAACGGCUGAGACAUGCAGAAACACAGAUUGCUCCUUCCAGUGGCGUGCACGUUCGCACUUCUGGCGUCUUCGCAGUCGGCUAAAAUCCUGAUAAUCGCCCUGGUCGGGGGAAGCCACUACUUGCUGUUUGAUGAGAUUUCUCACACACUUCACCAGAGUGGCCAUGACGUGAACAUGCUGCUUCAGCUUGGUGUCCCACGAAUUAAAGGUUUAAACUACACUGCGAGAAACAACAGUUACCGGGUUACAGCGUGGUCUGCAAGUGAGGAAUAUCUGUCCAGACAUGAGCAGUGGUUCAUGGAGAAGCAGCGAGAGUUCUUCCUGGGCAGAGAUACUCCGGACAUGUUCCUGGAUUUAAUGGACCAUUUUGCACUGCAGUGUGAGUGGAUAAUGGGUGAUGUUAAUAUCAUGAACUCCUUAAGAGGUGAGCGCUUUGACAUUGCAGUGAUCGAUGCCUUUACUCCUUGCUCAUUCCUGGUGGCCGAGAAGCUGGGUUUACAAUUUGUCACCAUGCAUGGGGGGAAUUUCUGGAAUGUUCACCAGUGGGGGAUGGCAAUUCCUCUCUCCUUUGUUCCCAUCCAUCGCUCUCUACUCACCGAUCGCAUGGAUUUCUGGCAACGGCUGAAGAAUUCCUUAAUGUUCCUGGGCGCUCUUGGGUUUGAGAUGAGGAUCCAGGCGCGGUUCGAAAAAGUCAUCAGGGAACAUUUCCCUGGAACUGACAUCAGCCUCUCCAAACUAUACACGAAGGCCCAGCUGGCAAUCUACAAUACUGACUUUACCCUGGAAUUCUCACUGCCGCUGCCCCCUAAUGUGAUUUGUGUUGGAGGGUUGCUUGCAAAACCGUCAAAGCCAGUCCCACAGGAACUGGAAUAUCUCCUGCAGUCCGCUGGAGAGAACGGCUUUGUGGUGGUGGCUUUUGGCUCUAUGCUGAUGUCCGUCAGCCUCCCGGAGCUGCUGAAAGAGAUGAACGCUGCCUUUGCCCAGCUCCCCCAGCUGAUCAUCUGGAGACAACUGCACAGUCACUGGCCAAGUGAUCUCCAACCUGCCCCCAACGUCAAGCUGCUCGAUUGGCUCCCGCAGAAUGAUCUGCUUGGUCAUCCCAAGGUUCGUCUCCUGGUGACACACGGAGGCAUUAACAGCCUGCAGCAGGCGGUGUACCAUGGAGUGCCUGUGAUCGGCAUCCCACUCUUUGGAGAUCAGUUCGAUAACAUGGUGAGGGUGGAGGCCAAGGGCCUCGGGCUGACUGUACAUGUCACCCAAGUACAGGCAGACCACCUGAGUCACACCAUGGCCACUGUCAUCAAGGACAAAAGGUACAAAGCUUCAGCAGAGACCCUGAGCCGCAUCCAUCGCUCGUACCCAUUUCCCCCACGCCAGCGCCUGGUGUGGUGGCUGGAGCACGUGCUGGAGUUUAAAGGAGGUGAUCAUCUGAGACCCUACGGUUUGCAGCUGCCCUGGUAUCAAUACCAUCUCCUCGACGUCAUCCUCUUCCUGCUGGGCAGCGCCUCCGUGUUGGUCUACGCCAUGCUCAAGGUUGUGCGCUGCCUGAAGAGGGUCGGAAAAGUGAAAAAGGAUUGAAAUGUCUGCUGGUGAACGCACAGCCCAGAUUUAAACUUCUUUUUAAAAGGAGCUAGUUCGUCUUGCAGAGCUUUGGGACUUGAUUGGGGCCCCAUGUAAGAGAUGGAGUGAUUAUCUUGGGUUUCCUGAUCAGAUAUAUUGUCACUGACUUAGAUGACAUGAGCAAAACUCAGGACUCGGACUGAAUCAUCAAUUUCAUUUCCCUCCACAGAUGCUGCCUGAGUUCUUCCUGCAUUUUCUAUGAGUUACUCAAGAUUUCCAGCAUUUGCUAGAUCACCUGUGUUUAUGAUGAUGUGAAAUCUGUUGAUUUUUGGUAGCAGUGCAGUGCAAAGAUAUAUAUUACUAAUUUCAAAAACAAAUAAAGUGCGAAAAAAUGG